AUGUAUUUUUAAAAAUACCGUUUUAAACCCUAAAAGCUAGCCACCGUGGGGUUUAUGGUCGGCAAAACCCAGAAAUCGACCAUCAUUCACUGUCAAUUUCACAACUUUCAUGAACCUUUAGCUCUAUUUCUCAAUCUCUGAAAAAGGGUUAUUGUUUUCUUCUUGUCGAAAUCCAUGGCUGCUUCUAGAUUGUGUUCCGCGGCGGCGAUAGCUGCUGCGUUCACUUCAAUGUCAAUGUCUCAGAACCGUGCUUACGCCGAUUCUCGAUUCCGCUUUCCUUUCUUUUCUUCUUCACCUCCUCCGUCAGAUUCUCCGGCGAAUCAAUCUUCUUCGAACUCUAAUAAGUCUAAACCAGAGCCUGAUGAGCCUAAAGGAUCGGGUUUUGAUCCUGAGUCACUUGAGAGAGCUGCAAAAGCUCUUAGAGAUAUCAAUAGCUCUCCCCAUUCCAAACAGGUGUUUGAUCUCAUGAGGAAGCAGGAGAAAACUCGGUUAGCUGAAUUAGCGGCAGAGACUUCUCAUAACGAAGCUAUUCAAGCACACAAAGAUGUUGGGAGACAGCAGAAAUUGGCUGAGGACCAGAGAAAUCUUUUGCAGACACAGGCGCAAACCAAGCGCAAAUUCUGCGAUAUGAGGAUGAAUUGGCCAGAAAGAGACAGCAGACAGAUCAUGAAGCUCAGAGACAUCAUAAUGUGGAAUUGGUUAAGAUGCAAGAGGCGUCUUCUAUCAGGAAAGAGAGGGCAAAAAAUCGCCACAGAAGAACAGAUCCAAGCUCAGCACCGCCAAACUGAGAAAGAGAGAGCUGAACUUGAGCGAGAGACGAUUCGUGUCAAGGCCAUGGCUGAAGCUGAAGGUCGGGCUCAUGAAGCCAAACUUACUGAAGAGCAAAACAGAAGAUUGCUUAUGGAAAGGAUUAAUGGUGAAAGGGAGAAGUGGCUUGCUGCAAUCAACACAAUGUUCAGUCACAUCGAAGGGGGAUUCAGGACCUUAUUAACCGAUCGAAAUAAGCUGAUUAUGACUGUUGGAGGAGCUACUGCAUUAGCUGCAGGGAUUUAUACAACUCGUGAAGGAGCUAGAGUUACAUGGGGUUAUAUCAAUAGGAUGCUUGGACAACCAUCACUUAUUCGAGAAUCUUCCAUGGGUAGAUUUCCAUGGGCGAGCUCAAUGUCUCAGUUGAAAAACAGAAUCUCAGGUGCAGCAGCAGCAUCUGCAGCAGAAGGGAAAAAGCCGCUUGAUAAUGUAAUUCUCCAUACCUCUUUGAAGAAACGAAUCGAGCAUCUCGCUAGAGCUACAGCAAAUACCAAAUCCCAUCAAGCACCAUUCCGCAACAUGAUGUUUUAUGGACCUCCUGGUACUGGUAAAACUAUGGUGGCAAGGGAAAUAGCUCGGAAAUCGGGUCUGGAUUAUGCUAUGAUGACAGGAGGAGAUGUUGCUCCCUUGGGAUCACAAGCUGUUACUAAAAUCCAUCAGAUAUUUGAUUGGGCCAAGAAAUCGAACAAAGGCUUACUUCUUUUCAUUGAUGAAGCCGAUGCUUUUCUAUGCGAGCGUAACAGCACUUACAUGAGUGAGGCUCAACGUAGUGCUCUGAACGCUUUGCUCUUCAGAACUGGUGAUCAAUCUCGGGACAUUGUUCUUGUCUUGGCUACAAACAGACCUGGAGAUCUCGAUAGUGCGGUUACAGACAGGAUUGAUGAAGUCAUUGAGUUCCCACUUCCAGGGGAAGAAGAACGUUUCAAGCUUCUCAAUCUCUAUCUCAACAAAUAUCUAAAGAGGGGUGACAACGACAAAGACACAAAACCGAAAUGGAGUCAUUUGUUUAAGAAGCUGUCACAGAAGAUUACCGUUGAAGCAGACCUAACUGAUAAAGUGAUUUCUGAGGCUGCAAAGAAGACGGAAGGAUUCUCUGGCCGCGAGAUUGCAAAGCUUGUGGCUGGAGUACAAGCUGGAGUGUACGGACGAGAGGAUUGUGUAUUGGAUUCACAGCUUUUCAAGGAGAUUGUUGAAUAUAAGGUUGAAGAACAUCACCAAAGGCUUAGGCUUGCUUCUGAAGGUUUUCAACCAUUACUCUUCUCUUAGGCAUUUGGAUUUUGAUUAUACAUGUCAUUUACUUAUUCAAAAAUAAGAAAUCUGAUUGUUUUUA